AUUUCACAGCUUCCGAACAGAAAGCUUGUGGUACAGGUACAGGUACACGGACAUAAGGAAUCACCGGUACCAAUGCAGUGAGCGAGCGAUUGACACUUCGUCCAUCACGCCACACAAGCGGUGUUUGAAGGACGGGCGGACUUGCGUGCAGCGGUGACGUGCUCGCUCCUAAUCGCUACUUCGGCGUUUUGCGUUUCCGUGGUACGCGGCUAUAAAUAGCUAUCCUUUUCUUUCUCGUCUGCCUCAAUUUGCCUCUCUUCAACCAUCACAUUUGAUCACACAAGCAUCGAGCGCAAAGAUAUAUACGCACACGCACACACUUGUCACACGCACCUCUCUUCAAACUUCGACAUGGCCUCCACAACCUCGGCCGCAACGCACGCGCCCCUGCUGGCAGCAAUCCAAGCUAGACGUUCCAUCUACGCCCAAGGCAAGCGUCAAAUCCUCACCGACGAAGCAGUCACCAGUCUGGUCAAAGCCAUCGUCAAGGACAGUCCCUCUGCUUUCAACAGUCAAUCCAGCAGAGUGGCCAUCCUGUUCGGCAAGCAACACGAAAAGUACUGGAAUGAGUAUGCACCAGAGAUUUAUGGCAAGGUUGCUGGACCCGAAGCUCUUGCAAAACAACAAAAGCGUCUCGAAGCGUUUGCCGGCGCAACCGGCACGGUCCUCUUCUUCGAAGACGAUGCGAGUCUAGAAGCCUCGGCCAAACGCAAUCCAGGCGUGGCUUCCCAAUUCAGCCCUUGGUCUCUACAAUCUAGCGGCAUUGCGCAAGGCAACGUCUGGAACGCUUUGACUGCAGCAGGAUACGGUGCAAAUCUGCAGCACGUCAUCCCUUCCACCUCUCCCUUGGCAGCCGCCGAGCUGCUCAAACUUCCAGCAACGUGGAGAAUUCAUGCGGAGCUCGUUUUUGGCUC